GCAACAUCCAUAUCUAAAGAUUUUCUAGGCUUGGCGGGAGGGGGGCAGGUUUGAGAAAGCUGGGCCUUGCACUGCUUUGGGGUUAGAGAGCUUUGGGUCAGUUGGCUGGGACAGGAGGGAGGGAGCCAACAGUCCCUGUGGGUCAAAUUAAAUUGGGAACUAGGCCUGUCAAGACCCAUUAAAGAUUCCUUGCAGGAGUGAGGCCAGAGGGCAGAAAGAAAGGGUUGUUGGGGCAGCUCCUGUGGUCCAGAUUGGAGUGGGUAGGAGCAUACAGGCCACCCCUUGUAUGGUGCCUUAAGAGGAAUUCCUCUAGGCCUUUCAGUGAUUAGCAUCUCCAAGCCUGGUAGCUAUCCUUGGGAAAAGUGGCAGGAGGAAGGUGAAAUUGCUGAAGAAGACCAGCCCCAAGAGGUUGAGACUGUUAGAAACUCUCUUGUGUGGUGCCCUCCAGGGCCCCCCCCCCCCCCCCAGUCCAAAGGUGAGGACAGUCCCCUCUGCUGAUCCUACCCUCUUUCUUCAGGGCCAGCUCACCCCUCCCAGGCCCUUCCUCAUUGAGGCCCUCAGGCCCCAGUGGUUCCAGCAAGGGAAGGGCCUGAGCUUGAGCCUGCUGGCAGCUCUGGGCCCCAAACCGGUUUUCCCACCUUGACUGGGGCUGGCAUAUUGUCCCUGUGGUUCCCUCCCUACACCUCCUUGCGGUUCCUCCUCUCCCCACCCUGGAAUGUGGGGGUGAGGGGCAGUCAUCCAAUUCAUCUUUUUAAACAAGAAGGUGGAGUGAAUGUUCCACACUUGGCCUUCAGUACCUCUGGCACUCAAGGAUUCCCUCCAGGCCUUGAAGGUUUCAGAAGUAAGUGAUGGCAAAAAGUAGUUGGGAUUCCCACCCUGGCCCCCAUCGUGUCCCCAUCUGAGCCCUGGAGGAUGAGACAGGGAUGUCCAGCCUACCUGCUUGCCCGCUCUUGAGAAAGUAGGUGGGAGCAUUAGCCUUCUCCCCAGGUGCUCCGGCCAACCAAGUCCAUCACCUCAAAUACCAACAGAGGAAAUCAUUUCCGUUUGUCUCUUGCCAGCAAGAACACCUCUUUUGCUGGGACUGAGAUCAUCUCUUUAAUGAUAACACCAACUGAUGUUAAUAGGGCUCUUUCUGUGUGCCAGGUUCUGUGCCAGUUUAGAUGCUCACAAAGCCUGUAUGAGGUAGGUAAAACCGUGAGAAAACACAUACAGAGAGAUUCAGUUAUGUGCUGAAAGCCACACCACUAGUCUGGGAGAAGCAAGCUUUCUCCCCAGGCUGACCCUAGUAGUGCCCCUGUGCUGCAACUUUGUGCCCCUUCACUAAGGAAUUCAUAACUCUAACCAUAUUCCUAAAGGAACUGGUUACCAACUGUGCUUCUAACCCAUGGAAGAAUAUCUCUUGGACUGAGAUGAGUGAUGUGGAAGUGUCUGCAGUUGCUCUUGAAGCUCCUGUAUCUAUAAUCAACUCCUAUUCCCCCAGCCCCCAAAUACAGGUCUGUAAAUAUCCUUUACCAUUCUCCCUAUGACCCCAUUGGGACAAGUAGGUGAGAACCAUCACCAUUUCAUCAAGGAAGAAAUAGGGUUAAGGAGUUAAAUGACCUGCCUAAGACACUAAACUUGAGCUCUGGUGUUCUCCGUGGAGUUUGGGUUACGUAUUAAAUAUCUUGCCAGGACAUUGCUGGGGUGGGGGGGCGGAGGUGGGGAUGGGGCAAGUGGUGAAAGGAUGGCCCUAUGAGCACAGAGCUUUGAGGAGGGACCUGGCAAGGUUCACUGUCGCACAGACUAUCACACUGUCCAGAAGUGAAGCAGCCCGGUGAUUAUCAAUGGACCCCCCAGAUAAAGCUGACAAACACACAGUGGGAUGCUUCGUUCACUUGGGACUGAGGGCUAAAAGACCCUGGAGGGGGAUUCCAGUCCUGGGGAUGCUGAUACAGGGGUUCUGGGAGCCUGGUUGGCUUUGGCAGUUCCCAGAGUGGGCCAAUGUCUGGUCAGCAGGUGGCGUGGACACAGAGAUGAUUUCUUCUUGGGAGGCGGGGAAGACAAUGCCACCUAACCACCUUUUCAAAGCUGGGGCCUAAGAGGAGGUAGCGGGGUAAAACUACAACUCCCAGAAGUCCCUGCUCCCCGGCGAGUCUAAUGUGGUUGCCAUGGUUUCAGAAAACAAUAUGGCCGCUCCCAGCUGGGACCGGAGUCUGGGUUAGAGAGGCUGAGGUGGAUCUGGGCGGCUGCAGUAGAGAGAGGAAGCUCUUGAGGGGUCGUGAAGUUGGGGCUGGACGCUGCACAGCUGGAACGGCCUGACCUUGACGAGGGCGCCAAUGGCGAGCAGCGUGGAUGAGGAAGCGCUGCACCAGCUGUACCUGUGGGUAGACAACAUACCUCUGUCCCGGCCCAAGCGAAAUCUCUCUCGGGACUUCAGUGACGGAGUCCUGGUCGCAGAGGUCAUCAAGUUUUACUUCCCCAAGAUGGUGGAGAUGCACAAUUAUGUCCCUGCCAACUCUCUCCAGCAGAAGCUCAGCAACUGGAGUCACUUGAACAGGAAGGUUCUGAACAAGCUAAACUUCUCGGUACCAGAGGAUGUGAUGCGUAAGAUCGCACAGUGUGCCCCGGGCAUGGUGGAGCUGGUGCUUAUUCCACUGAGGCAGCGCCUGGAGGAGAGGCAGAGGCGCAGGAAGCAGGGCGCUAGCUCCUUACAGGAGCUGGCUCCCCAGGAUGGCACUGAAUACAUGGAUGUGGGUUUGUCCCAGAAGGCCGGAGGGGAAGCUGCCCUGGACCCCCAGGGAAGGGGCCAGCUCAGGGUGGACCAUCAGCCUGCACCCCGGCCUCCGGGGUAUAGUCAGGCGCUGCAGGGCGACCCAAGCUUCAUCCUCCAGAUCGCUGAGAAAGAGCAGGAGCUGUUGGCCUCACAGGAGACCGUGCAGGUGCUGCAGAUGAAAGUGAAACGCUUGGAGCACCUGCUCCAGCUCAAGAACGUGCGCAUCGAAGACCUCUCCAGGCGGCUCCAGCAGGCGGAGCGUAAGCAGCGGUGAGCAGAGGCCACAGUGCGUGGGCACGCCCCAGUAUCCGCCGGAGCCCAGAUGCCAACGCACCCACUGACAGACUAACGAAUGGGCGGGCGGAGCCAGCAACUCCAAUGAGCCUGGGACAGGAGCGCCCCCUCCCUUGGGGUGUGGGUGAGCGUUGGGGGCAGUGGGACAGGAACCCCCCACAGCUGAGCCCUGGGACUGAGCCACCUCCUUACACUCCAUCCGAGUUAGGAGACUGGACCACUUUCCAGAACCCAGAAGCCACAUGCAGAGACCUGGCCUGCACCCCAAAGCAGUGCCCAACACCAGGGGCUGUACUUUGGUGCUUCCUGUGCUGGGCCUUGGGGAGUGGUCCCCCAGCUUGGCCCACACCCCUAGAACCAGGUCCCCGCCUUGCUCUGAAGACAGCGGCAGCUCCAUCCAGGCUAGUCCUCUGUCUGCUGGGCAAUGGGGAAAGCUGCCUCAGAUAGCUGAGGGGCUUCCUUGCCCAUCCUGGGCACUCACCUGGGACCCAUCUAGAGGCUGGAGAACACAGCAACUGGAGAAGAAGGGGUGAGGAGUGAGCUCAGCCAGGAGUGGGGAAGACAUGGGCUAUGCCUGUUCUAGUAGCCCUCCCUCCCAUGGGGUAUGUUGAGAAUGUUUGGGGGACAUGGGACAGGGUUGCCUCCAUUAAAGGUGUGCUCUCCUU